GCUAGGUAGGAGGAAGAGACAGAGUGAGGCAAAAACGAAAGAUAGUUUUCAGAGGUGAAGGUGAGCUAAGACAGAUUGGAAUUUUUGACAAGAAGAGUAACAAGACGAGGGGAUCAACAGACAAGGAAGAAUACAGGCGACCAACCACAUCUCCACCCAUCAUGUCUUUGUCUAAGCCAGAGGGGCAGCUAGCCCACGAGCUGAGCUGUCCCAUCUGCCUUCAGCUCUUCUCUGAUCCGAUGGUUCUCCCCUGCGGACACAACUACUGCCGAGCCUGUAUCUGGAAGUCAGUUGACAAGGGGGACAUAACACGUUGCCCAGAGUGCCGUGAGGAGUUUCACGGUUUAAAUUCCCUGCAGAAAAACUUCAAACUCUGUAGCAUCAUUGAGGGUUACCUUGCCACUGCGCCGCUUCUUGACUGUCGGCAGGACACUGAGCCUGGGGGGAUGGAGGUUUUCUGCGACCACUGUAUAGAUGAGCGGGUACCAGCUGUGAAGUCUUGCCUGAAGUGUGAGGUGUCACUGUGUUCCAGGCACCUCCAGAGACAUCACGAGAAGGAGUCGUUCAAGACGCACACUGUGGUGGAGUCCACGAAUGAGCAUGGGAUGAAGGGCUGCUCCAUCCACCGGCGUCCCCUCGAGUAUUUUUGUUCCAGCGACAUGACCCUAAUGUGCAGCAUGUGUGUCGUAGAGGGCUUUCACCAGAACCACGACGUUCUCACCUUCAGCGUAGCCGAAGAGGAGAUGAGGCAAGCGUUGGAGGGCCGCAGCAAGGUGGUUUCUAGCAGACUGCAGAUGACAGAGAGUCUCCUACAAAAGCAAGCAGAGGAGCGAGGAGCCUCUGAAGCUGUAGGGGACAAACUGGUCAUCAAGGCUAUCACUGUCAUGGACAGUGUGGCUGCCCUAGUGGACAGCUACAGGGAGCGACUGCGUGUGCUGUUGGAGGAGGAGAGAGGCCAGCGCAGAAAAAGCUGGCAGUUUGGACUGGGUGCACUCGAAGAGCAACAGCAGCAGUUAGCGGAGGCCCAGCAAAUUGCCGCACAGGCCCUAAAUGAGACAGACCCAUGCAUCUUCAUACACAGGUUCAUGCUGAUUGACCAUAAGCUGAGAGAAGCUGUCACAUGCAAAAUUCCCACCAUCCCCUCAAAUGCUCCGCUCAACACCAAGCGUCUCCAGGCAAGCCUCAAAACCAAAGACUUCUGCUCAGAAAUGACCCGCCUCCUGGAUUGCCUCCACGUCCUCCUGAACCCCCUUGAGCUCAGCUUCAACCCCUGCACUGCUCACCCCAGCCUGAUAGUGUCCAAUGACCUGCGCACGGUCAAGUACAGCCCCACCAAGCAGCCAUAUGCAGAGCACCCAGAGCGUUUUUCAAGCGCGCCCCAGAUUCUUUGCAGCCAAGGGUUCUCCAGUGGGGAGCACAUAUGGGUUGUAGAGAUGGGGGCCAACUGCAUGUGGUCGGUGGGUGUGUGUUACAAGACCAUCCCUCGCCGUGGUGACCAUAGUCGUUUAGGUCACAAUUCUGUUUCCUGGCGGCUGCAAUGGAAAAACGGCAAGCUGACAGUGUGCCAGUCCUCCUGCAACGUGGCUCUGGGGGAAACCACCACUCCUCCGCUGAAGAUUGAGAUAGCGCUGGACUGUGAUGCAGGGACGCUAGUGUUCCACAAUGUCAGAGGACGCAGGGAGCACCUCCACACCUUCAGGGUAGUGUUUAGGGAGCCGGUUUACCCAGUGUUCACUAUACAUUCAACCACACCAGAGUCCUGGAUCACACUGCACAGGGGGAUAUAAACACAGCUCCUAUUGUUUAAUUUUUUCAUGCAUAGAAUUUAUUUGGGUGUAAAUUGGCCUCUCACUUAGUUUGUUUCUUUGUAAUUGUAUUUACUGCUCUUUUUUAAAUGUCUGUAUUCUACCAAAAUGGUACAUUUAAGUGCAGUGUCACCCCUAGACAUAGGGUUGGCCAGAUGAGGCCACUGAAAAUCUUGGGGUGCACACUAAAACCAAACGCCCUAACUGAAUUUCAGGAACUCACUUAUUCUGUUGCUAGUAUAUAGGCUUGAUGAAAACUGUGUCAAUAUGGAGAUUUAAGUAGUUGCAUAUCAAUACACUUUGUUUUCUUAUUUUACAGUUAAUAUUACUAAUGAUCUGAUGUACAUAGACUAAUACUGGUAAAGAUAAUAUUUUGAGUUCCACAACAGUCCUAAUUUAAAGUAUUUUGAGGUGAGAGUUUGGGACCCUUUGAAAAUGGCCAUGCCAGUUGUUCCCUUGCCAAAAUGUUGCCUUAUUUGGGAGUGUUGUUUAGCCCCCUUCCCUACAAACUAUGCUGACAUUGUUGUCACCCUAGACUGUAUAUAGUAAUGGACGUAGCUACCAUGACGUCAUGUAUUGGUUUGUGGACUGCCAUUUUUAAAGCUUUAAGUUUGGCAUUUCGGGUGUUGCCAUCUUGGGUUUCUUGAAGCCAGAAGUUUUUGGACCAUUUUUGAAUGAGAUGGUGGAGCUGCAGAGGAGUGAGGGGUGGAACUGACUCACAGACUAUAGCAACUCCUUACAGAGAGCCUAGCACUUAAGUGGCCCUAGCUUUGGGCCUUAAUAAAAUGUAAAAAGGUGAGUUAUAAAAAAAAUUCACCCCUUGUACAGUUGUCAUGAAUGUUGAUAUCGGCCAUGGAGAACAAAAACAAUUUUGUACCAGGCUGUAAACAUGUUUAUGCCUGCUGUAAAGUUUGACACUUUAACAUGGGGGUCUAUGGGGAUUUACUCUGUUUUCGGGCCAGCCUCAAUUGGCCAUUUGAUGAACUGCAGUUUAGGCACUUCUGCAUUGGCUUAAUUUUUUUUAGGUCUCUGAGGUUGCUGUUUGGUUGGUACCAAUGGAUGCUUUAUGUUGAUGCCUUCACUCUAGCUUAAAAAUCUUAAAAUAGUAAUAUAUGCCUCCAGUUAUUUUCGCUUGGGGGAAGGGCAGCAAUUGUGUAACGGGGCAAUUCCCCCUACUGUUUGACUGUUGUUCUGUAUCUAUCAAAUCCCACAAUUCAAGGCUUUGACUACUACAAGUUCUCCGCCACUGGGAAACAAUGUUUUUAUUAUACAUAACUAUGACUGUAUUAUGGAUGUGGAGCAUUUUAAUCAUGAGAUAAAUUGUUUACAAAUAUUUUAUGACAUAUUCUUUAUGAGUAGGUUGAUUUUGUGGAGUAUAAAUAUCAAUUAUAGGUGUUCCGAAGUCAAAAUGAAUUAGCUUUGUGGGUUUUUUUUUUGGUUUUUUUUGUAAUUUGUCUAAAUGCUAACAUUUAUCAUAUUUCCAUUUAUCUGUUUAUCAAAAGUGAACUAAACGUCUUCAAUGUUGUGUGUUUUACUUUUGUUUUCUUUAUAUAGCCACAGUAAACAUUAAUGUGUGAACACUGAUGCACUUGCUUGUGUUUAUGCUACGAAUAAACUGGUGAUAAUGUAUGUAUCCAUGUCUAGGUAUUGACAGUUUGUAUUGAAUAUGUGGUAUGUGAUUGGCUCUUGACAGUUCAUUCAUUCAAAGAGGCUUUAGUGCAUGACAGUGGGGUUGCCAGGUUCAGCUGUAAAUAGGUAACUAACAGUGAUUCAGUCGUUUAUGUCAUACCUAAAUGCCCUAGCGAGAAGAUAAAUUUGAUUGUGAAAAAUUAAAGUAACUCGCUCCAUGUUAAUAAUACACUUCU